AUGUCUGAAAAUACACGAACAAAGUUUGACAUCCUAGAUUCUCAUGGAACUGAGUAUCUACGAUGGGUGUCCGACGUGCAAAUCACGUUCGUCGGAAAGAAGUUUAGUGCUGCCAUCAACCCUCCAAAAGAAAAAGAGGACCAAGCGUCCGAUGAGGUGAAAGCCCAUGCCUGUAUGUUUCUCAGGCGCCAUAUGGACAAGGUACUCAACAAACAGUGCCUCAAGUAUACAGAUCCGAGUGUUCUUUGGGAAGCUCUCAAAGAACAGUUUAAUUAUGUGCAUGACGCACGGUUGCCAACCCUUUUGGCGGAAUGGAGAUAUGUUCGUCUACUGGAUAUUGCCAAGGUUCAUGAUUACCAUCAGGCGAUGUUAAAUCUCCAGGCAGACUUAAAUAUGUGUGGCAAGGAGAAAACUGAUGAUGGCAUGAUCGAGAAGACCUUAGAGACUUUCCCAGAAUUUGCGAGUGAAAUACCUCACCAAUAUCGCCUUGAUUAUGAGGCCAAAAGAAUCAAGAGUUUUGCAAAUUUGAUGAACCUUCUCAAGAAGAAUGAAUGCCAUCAUGAGAUCAUUCUCAACAACAACAACCUAAGACCUGCAGGGACGAAAAGAGUUCUGGAAUCUCAUCAGGCAAGCAAGGGAAAAAGUUGUAAAGAAAAAUCAAGGGAUCGAUCUGCACCGUAUCAAACUGGAGGAAACAGAGGGCCUCGUCACAACAUGACUUGGACUAGGGAUGGCGCCGUCGCCGACCCCCCUAACCCUCAAGGCCGUGGUGCCUCGCCGGCCAUUCUAUAUAAAUGUCCCCCAAAAUCCGACAACUCGGCCAAGGUUCCAAAUCUGAACUUUCCAUGCUACAAGUGCGGUUCAACUAAGCACUUUCAUAAGCAAUGUCGUGCUCCUAAGGCGAUUUUUCGCGCUCACAAGAAGUGCAAGCAAUACUUGUCCAAUGAAAGCAACUAUGUUGAAGAUGUGGCGUUGCCUGAUGCUAAUGCUACCAUCAAGCUCAAAGUUGAAGACUUUCAGACAAAUGAGAAAGAGAAAGCCGGUCCUGGGGCUCUUUUCACUCUUGAUUUUGAAUAA